GUGGGAUGGAUCGACGACGCCGGGUUUCAUGGGUGCUGUCGGUGAGUGCCUGAGGCUUCCUUUCCGUUCACCGAGCAGCUUAAGUGUUUAAGGCAGUUAGUUCUGUGGUGUCGCCAAACGGUUGAUACGGGCGCUGGGCAAAAGUAGCCAAACUUUUUUGGAAAUUUCUGAACAUGGAUCCGAUAAAUCUCGCGGCGAUUGUGAAGCCCGAUUUAAUGCUCUUAGCGGAAGAGCUGGGUGUUAAAGUGGUCAAGGCCAUGAGAAAGCCCGAGAUUAUCAAGGCCAUUGAAGAUUGUGGCGCGGGCGCCGACGAAAUUUCCGAGUGUUGGAGCGAGGUGCAGAGGAGACGAAGGGAAGCGGAACUUCGCGCCGCCCAACGUGCCGCUCAAGAGGAGCUUCACGCGGCUCAAGAGGGGCUUCGCGUUGCUCGAGAAAAACUUGAGCUAGAAAUGCUUCAACGUAACUUUGACGCUGGUGAGGCCAUUGUGGUGGAUAACAGCUCGAAAAAGUUUGACAUGCGAGCCCUUUUGCAACCUUUUCGCGUCGGCGGAGACAUGGGUCUCUAUUUAGUAAAUUUCGAACGGGUUUGCGAUAAGAUGGGUCUUGUAGAGUCGAGCUGGCCUCAAAGGCUCUUGAGUUUACUGCCAGCGGAGGUGGCCGACGUUUUGGCCCGACUAGAUCCUACAGCAGCCGAUGACUACGCGUCCGUAAAGUCUUGCCUGCUUAGGAAGUUCAGGUUGUCGCCUGAAGCUUUUCGACAGAAAUUUCGAGAGACGAGGAAAGGACCGGACGAAAGUUACGCGGAGUUCGCUUAUAAGCUUAAAGGCUUUCUGGAAAGUUGGCUCCGUGGUGUCAACUCUUACGAGGAUCGUGAAAAGGUGCUGGAGCAGAUAGCACUAGAGCAGUUUCUCUCCUGUAUUCCGACAGGUCUAAAGGAGUGGAUUCAGGAUAGACCGGAAGUAGAAACGGUGCAGAAAGCUGCAGAUUACGCGGAUGAGUACUGCUCUAGGCACGGGAGGAAAGUUGUUGAAGAAAACCGUAGCUCAAACAGUUUCUACGAACGAUGCGGACCUCGCACGUUCGUGAAGAAAGGCGCCGAAAAGGGCAAAGAGAGUGAAGUACCGACAAAGGGAGUGUCGGAUUCAGACGAAAAGAAACGUAAAAUGAAGGCGUUCGAGGAGCGUAAACCAAUAGUGUGCUACAGGUGUAAACAGCCUGGUCAUGUCGCUUCUGGUUGCCGCGUCCCUAAAGUUGCUCCCGUUAACUUGUGUCUGGGAGAAGCGGAGGACCUACUCAGGCCGUAUCUGUACGACAUGAAAGUAAAUGGUAAAUUCUGCAAAGGUUUACGAGAUACCGGCGCCACGUAUGAUCUGGUACACUCGUCGCUAGUGGAGCAAGAACAUUUUACAGGCGACUGUGUGUGGAUCCGUCAGGCCUUGGAAAAUCGGGCAGUUAGUCUGCCCGUAGCUAAGGUAAAACUAAACGGACCUUUCGGAGUAGUCGAAACGGAAGCAGCUGUUUCUGACGGAGUGCUUCCAAACUGUUCGUACAUACUGUCAAACAGAACUGCAAGGCAAUUGAGCGAGUCGGGUAUACCGCUUGACAUGAAUCCUGUUCUAGUCGUCACGCGCUCAAUGACAACUAGUGCAGUGCCGGAAACAUUUCAGACGGAAGCGAGCGCGACGACUGGUAAAACCAGCAGCGGGCCCGAUGAAGAGCCGAACGAAGGAGCUGACAUGACCACGCUGGUUUCGCCGGAGAGCAGCAAUUUUCGUGCGCUAGCCGGUGUAGAUAAGCUUACGCUUAUCGCCGAACAGUCAUCAGACCCGAGUCUUUCAAAGUGUCGUGAUAGCGUGGGAAAAGAAAUCAAGCCGAACAUCUCCUUCUUUAUGAGCAACGGCAUUCUUUACCGUAGUUUCAAGGACAAAUCGGGGAACGAGGUAGAUCAGAUUGUCGUUCCAUCCAAGUAUAGAAUUGCAUUACUCGAGCUUGCUCACGGAGAAGGGUGGUCGGGACACCUAGGAAUCACAAAGACCAAGUGCAGGCUUUUGGCAAAAUAUUAUUGGCCGGGCUGCUUUAAGGAGGCUGAGCAAUUCGUCCGUUCUUGCGACACCUGCCAAAGAACAGGACGACCAAACGAGCGCCGAAAGGCGCCUCUCACACUAGUGCCCCUAAUCACGGAACCUUUCAAAAGGCUAGUGAUAGACGUCGUAGGACCCCUACCUACAACUAAGACGGGUUUUAGGUACCUUCUAACGAUAUUAUGCCCAGCCAGCAUGUUCCCAGAAGCCGUUCCAAUGAAAGAGCAGACAUCGGUCGAAGUAGUAGAUAACUUGCUCUCGGUCUUUUCUCGGAUCGGGUUUCCUAGUGAAAUUCAAUGUGAUCUGGGUAGCGUUUUUACCAGUGCUCUAACAACCAGCUUUUUCGAGAGGUGUGGCAUUAAGAUUGUUCACAGUUCUGUAAGCCACCCGCAAAGUAACAGCGUAGAGAGAGCGCACUCGGUAAUGAAGCGCAUUCUCAGGGCCCUUUGUCACGAACAGAAAAAAGAGUGGGACUUGGCAUUGCCCGCUAUGCUUUUCGCGUUGCGAACCGUUGCUCACGAGUCAACUGGUUUCACGCCAGCGGAACUGGUCUAUGGACGUAAUUUGCGUUCACCUUUGCGGUUGCUGCGCGAGGGCUGGGAGGGUGAAGCCGAGAACCCAACAGUGGUGGAGUAUGUGCUUUCCUUACUAAACCGUCUCCACGAAACUCGUGAGCUAGUUGAGGCUAACCUGGGAAAAGCGCAGUCGCGAGGUAAAACCUACUAUGACAAAAACAGCCGCCUCCGAACGUUUAAGGUGGGUGACCAAGUCCUACUUUUGAGGUCUUCUAAGGCUCAUAAGUUGGAAUUGCAAUGGGAAGGACCAGCAACGGUCCAGCAGAGGCUAUCCGAGACAAAUUACGUGGUAAAACUGCCAGGUCGCAGAAAAGAGGUCCGCAUAUACCAUUGCAACCUCAUGAAGCCGUACGUGGAAAGGGUGCAAGUAGUCAGCAUUGCACUAAACCAACCAGAGGAAGUUCCUACACGAAUUCCUGAGCUGGGAAAAACCGACGGGAUCCUGACAAUCGCCGAAGUCGUAGAGGCCGCAGUCGAUAAGACGCUCACCCAAAACCAGUUUUCGGAUCUUACGGCAUUAAUUGGCAAAUACCAAAAAUUGUUUUCAACUAUUCCCGGAAGAACGAGUCUAGUCGAACAUGACAUCGAAGUGAGGACUCGGUCAAAUAUUCAGUGUAAGGCCUAUCGCUUUUCCCCCCGCCAAGAAAAGCUAUUAAAGGAGUCCGUAGAUCAAAUGCUAGAGCUAGGGUUGAUUGAGCGGUGCGAGAGCGACUUCGUGUUUCCUAUGAUUCUGGUAGAGACUCCAGGAAAAGAACCUCGUCCCUGUGUGGACUACCGAAAGUUAAACGCGGUAACGGUAACAAGUCUACCCAAUCCCUAAUAUCGAAACUUGCCUUGAGAAAGUAAGCAAAGCCAAGUUCAUCUCAACCAUCGACCUCGUUAGAGGUUACUGGCAAGUGCCACUUACCGCGAACGCCAGUAACCUUGCCGCCUUCAUGACCCCGUUUGGUGUUUUUUAAGCCGCUUGUCCUGAGC